UUUAGUGGAGUCUCAACUGUCCUCUUGCCAGCAACUCCAGCUGCUGAUCACAAUUCAGUACGAGAAUAGCUUCGGAAGCGCAUUGAGAUUGUCUUGAGAAAAUCGAUAACCCCUGAACCUUGUGGGUUAAACCUAUAAGAACAAGUGCAAAAGAUUUUUCUUGCAACAUGUGAAGUGCUUUUCUUCCCCAAAUUGAAUCACUUCGAUAAACAACACGUCUUAUCAUUAGCUAAAUUACUUGGCAAAACAUUGAUGUGGUGUGAGGGGGGCCCUUAAUUGACGGUGUGUGCUGUUGCAGGAGCCUCUCUUGGUCACAAUGAAGGACUUAUGGGCAGCAAGGGGCCUUCUCGGAUGGUGCCUUAUUAUAUCAGCCUUGCCCCUCUCCCUGGCCCUAACCCCUCGAGCUACGGAUCUCGAUGUGCCCAAGAAAUGCAACUUGGAGCGGGUCUUCAAACGAAUCGGCUACAAUUGCGCCAAAUUGGACUUGAAGGAGAUCCCGCAAAAUCUCAAGGGAUCAAUGGAGAUUCUCGAUGCUUCCUAUAAUCGGAUCAGAGAUCUCAGUCCAGCAUCUUUUGGGCGAUACACCGAUCUGCAGUACUUGUAUCUGGCCGACAAUAUGAUUCAAACCAUUGAACCGGGGACAUUUUCAAUUCUUCAGCAUUUAGAGGCCGUCGAUCUCUCCUACAACGCCCUAACAACAAUCCCUGUGGAACUCUUUAGUCUUCCACUCUUGAGAAAUCUCUACAUCUACAGCAACAACCUCAAUGACCUACCAAUGGAUCUUCAAGCAGUGGAGAAGCCCAUUAAAGCACCUCUGCAACUAAUAAACAUUGCCGAUUGUAGGCUAAACUUCGUUCCAGACUUUGGCAUACUUCCAGAUCUCUGGCAUCUGAACGUGUCCUCGAAUCCUCUCCAGCAGAUCCAGGCACAGCAAUUCUCUUCGCUGUGCAACUUAAAAACCGUAGAUUUAAACAAUACCAAAAUGAGCCCUUGUGCAUGUCAACAGAUGUCCUUCUACAUGCGCAAGAGAUCCAUCGCCAUUAAGAAUGGCAUGUCCAACUGUGAUAGUUCAGCUGAGGAAUUGAUCUACUGUCCAGACAUGGGGAAUUCCACGCGGGAAACUGCUGAAUUCGAUGAAUGUAAUGCUAUCCGGGAGACCAAAGUGCUGAAUGAGAAAGCCACGUCAACAUGGAUGAUUGUGGCCCUCUCCAUCAUCGGAUGCUUGGGACUCUUCGUGGUCCUGCUGUACAUGUGCCACCGGAGGAAUGAGAAGGGUUCCAAGAAGAGCCAUAAAAUCUCUCUGACCGACGAGAAACCGUCAGAAGAGAAUGGGAAUCGGGACACUCUCCUGAGUUAUGAGAAAACUUGAGGGGUCCACGCAGGGCCAGAGACUGAUCCGGAGGAGUGUACAAAGAUGAAUAAAUUAACCAGAAUUUAGGUUUUAUUGA